AUGAUCUACCCGAAUGGGACCGUUUGGGUGAACUAUCGAUUGCAAGUUCAGAGUCCGUGCAUGGUAGACUUGGUACUUUUCCCAAUGGAUAUCAUGGUAAGCUAUCAGGAAAUCAUUCAAAAGCAUACACAUCUCUUUUAGAACUGUGAACUCAUAAUUGAGAGUUACGCGUACAAUGCGGCCAAGGUGAAACUGAAUUGGAGAGAAUGGCAGCCCGUUUUCUCGAUCGCCAAGUCGAAACUCUCCGAUUUCACUCUUUACGGCAUGCAGUGGACUAAGAACAGCUUCGAAUACGCGGCCGGCCAAUGGGACCAGGUUGGUUGGAAUACUGUAGGUCCCUUCUUUUAUCGUCUGCAUUCCAGCUGACCGUGUCGCUCACAUUCUCCCGUGCCUACGGAUUCUACAUUCUCCAGAUGUACAUUCCCACCUAUUCUUCCGUUUUUCUCUCAUUUGUCAGCUUCUGGAUUGACCUGAAAGCGCUUCCAGCCCGAAUUACACUCGGAGUUAGCUCACUGAUGGCUCUCACGUUUCAGGUGAUUCCACUAAAAUUGAUAACUGAUCAGUGAUUUUUUUAGUACGGAAACGUGGCAAAGAAUCUUCCGAGGGUGGGUUAUGUGAAAUCAAUUGAUGUUUAUAUGGUGCUGACGACUGCGUAAGUGCUUAAUUUCAAUUGAAAAUGAAAAAAGACUCAUUUCAGAUUCAUAUUUCUGACAAUGAUCGAAGUGGCGUUUGUUUGUUAUCUGGAGAGUGAAAACAACAUGCGAAGGAAGGAGAGGCAGGCGGAGAAAAAGAAGGAAAGGGUGGCAGUGCUACAGAGGAAGAAGGACAAAAAGAAGAACAACUACGGCGCGACGACGGUGACGAACGUGAACGCGGCGGAAAGCGAUCUGAGGAGCAACUACGACGAGCCGUUCUCGGUUAGUGCCACGCACUUUCGUUCUCAUUUGUUCUUUUCAGAACGGUACAACUUCUCACAAAAUAUCGAUAACUCGCCAGGCGAACAACAUGUUCGAAUCGCUCCACGCUCUUGCUCAGUUUGGUAGUCAGUUUCCCCACUUUCUUACUCUUCAUUCUCUUCUUUUCCAGGCUUACUAGCAGAUGACGACGACGAGAACACAAAAUGGACGGCGCAGAACGUGGAUAAAUUCUGCCGUAAGGCGUUUCCGCUCUCGUUCUGUUUUCUCAACCUCAUCUACUGGUGCUAUUAUUUGUAUCAGAACUGGGCGGCAAAAUCGGAAGCGCUCGCACAGAUGAUGCCACCAUCUUGA